UGUACUUUAAUUACCGAAGUGCAUAUUCGUAAGAUAUAAGAAGCAACGGAAAAUGAAAAUUCUUCAUAGCUCGACGUUAGUGACGAUCAUGAAGUUCGUUCCAUUGUUGUGCUUUGUAGCAUUUGCAACUAAGCUUUCAGUGGCUUACGACCCUAAUCAGAAACCUGUAUGGAGACAGUAUCGAAAUAGCAUUGGUGCAGACGACCUUUACCUGCCAGACAAUAGCUAUUGGUCGAGUAAGAGAAGUAAGUUAAGACUGGCAGAUUCGUAUACGUGGUAUGACUGGAUCAAAUAUCAGAAAGAUAUACCGGAAGAUAGUCCCAUAAGGCUCGACUACACUGUUCAAUAUUUCGAUAAGGGAUUCCUAUGGGAUAGCUGGGAAAGCAUGUUCCAUGAUUCAGUGUUCCUUUGUGAUACCACGGAAGAUACCCAGGAUGCCAGCAUCAUAGCUAUAGUCCGAGAACUUAUGGGUAUUCCUGACGGUUGUCCAAUUUCAAAGGGCACGACAAAAGAUACAAGUGGUAUUCAUUUCCCUUUGCAAGAUGAGGAAUUAAUAUGGAACGUUGAUGUCCGAGGAAAAACCAUAAGAAUAUUGACUAAUAUGUGGUCAACUGAUAAGUCAGGUGCAGAAAGGCUCUUCACGGGUGAUUUUUAUGUUGAGGGAAAUGAUUACGUUGCUUUUGUGCCUGACAGCGACGAUGACUAAAUUGAUCUACGCAUGUUAUAAUGUACCACAAGAAUAAAAAUAUAAUAAAUUGAUAAUGAAUUUGCCCUGAGAAAAGUUCGUGCUGUGCUGGUCAAUUUCUGAGGAUGAUUCCGGCUUUUCCCUUGACUUUUAUUUGAUUAUUCCGAACUGUUGACCAUUGUAUAGUGAUUAAAGACAGGUUUAUAUUAAUUUUAA